AUGUCCCCGUCCCCAAUUACCCCUAAGGCUCUCGAGCCAGGGUCUACCAUUGGCAUAAUCUCCCCCUCUGCCCGACUCAAUCACAUCUACCCAUCCGUGGUGUCCCGGGGCCUCGCGCUGCUCACCUCGCGCGGGUACAAGGUGCGCGAGCUCUACACGCGCGACACGAGCAUCCAGUCGGGCAUCCAGAACCGCCUGGCCGAGAUCCGCACGGCCUUUACCGACCCGUCCAUCGACGCCGUGGUCUGCACCAUCGGCGGGCCCACCUUCACGGAGCUGCUGCCCGCGCUGGUCGCCGACACGGCCCUGCACGCCGCGAUUCGCGAGAACCCAAAGAUCUUUGUGGGCUACUCGGACAUCACGGGCUUCCACUGGUUCCUGCACGCGUUCACGGGCCUGCGCACGUUCUACGGCCCGUGCAUCAUCCCGGAGCUGGGUCAGGCCGUCAUACCCACGGCGGACCUGCCAGGCGGGGAUGCGGACAACUCACCCGUCAAGUUCUGCGAGGACAACCUGUUCCGGGUCAUCACGCCCCUGGGGAGGAGCGUCGUGCCGGCGUUCCCCCGCGCGAUGCACUAUGCGCCCCGGGGUGAUGCGUUCUGGAGCAAGGGCGACUCCCACGCGCACGUCCCGCCCGCGCUGGCGCCCAACACGUUUGGCUGGGAGUGGAUCCGCGGGGGCAGAGCCGAGGGCCGCCUGUUUGGCGGGUGCCUGACGGUGGUGGCGCGGGUCGGGGCCGUGAGGGCCAUCGUGCCGGACUGGAAGGGCCGGAUCGUGUUCCUCGAGACGGCGAUGGGGGACGACGAGGACGGCGGGAACCCCCUCCCCAGAGUGCAGGCCGCGAUCGCGGACCUCGUGGCGCAGGGCGUGUUUGACGAGGCGGCCGGGCUGGUGGUGGGCAGGCCGUACGGGUACGACUCGGCGGAGCAGAGGGGCGAGUAUAAGCGCGUGAUCAGGGAGUUGCUGUGCGAGGGCAGGCUGGUGGACGUGCUGGGCAGGGACUUUCCCAUCUUGUUUGGCGUCGACUUUGGGCACACCACCCCCAUGGUCACGCUGCCCUACGAUGUCAUGGCCGUGCUCGACUCGGAGAGGGAUCUGUUUGGGCUGCUGGAGCCUACUGUCUUGUGA